AUGAUCAAGCCUAAAGGUAGACCCGCAACUCAGUGUUUGCAUUGUAGGGACAAUAGAAAAAUUAAGAAUCUUCAUAUUUUGUGUACGUGUGGGAAAAAGGGUAAAAGUGCUACAUCCCAUCUGGCAGGGUGUGCUUGUCAUAAAACCAACCACUGCACUUGUGCGGCUAAUGUUCAAGGCAACAAAAAGAAUAAGGACUCAAUAGACAAUGGCAAGUUGAAGUCUCUUUUGGAAAACGAGUUUGGGAAAUGGUCAAACUCGAUUUCAUCACAAACAGCUUCAAAUCCAAGCGAUACAUCUCCAGGAAGUAUAACUACUAGCUCAUAUCAAACAAUUUCACCGGGAUCCGCCGCAACAUCUUUCUCUACCCAUCCAUCAACAUUACAAGAAAAUCUGCAUAACAAUAACAACAACAACAACAGCAGCAACAACAACAACAACAGCAGCAACAACAACAACAACAACAGCAACAACAACAACAACAACAACAGCAGCAAUAACCAACAGUCAUCGUCACACCAGAACGUUUCCUCUGUCGGUAAUCGAGAACUCAGUCACGACUUUGUCAUUGAGGAUGUUUUGAUACCUUUUGAUACUAGAGACGGUUUAUUUGAUUUUGGCAAACACGGGUCAUUUGGUGGUAAUCACACUGAUAAAUCUACUUCAGUUGUAAAUGAAAACAAUGGCCAAACAAAUGGAGGAAGCAAAACACAAAACUCCAAUGGUGGAGCUGGGGGAAUCAGUAUCAGCAAUGGAGACCAAGAAAGCUUCCAUUUGAGUCCCGGCGAAAUUGAAGUGGUUGACCAUAUGUUUCCUUUAUUCCCAUUAGUGGGCACACAGAGUUUUGAUAAUGAAAAUCAACCAUUACUGGGUGUGCCUCAGGAAAUUCGCAAAACGAUAACUCACCAACCGACUCCAAUGAGGCGAAAUGUAGGUUCGCAUGAUAAUACUUUUAGUUCACAGAGCUCACUACAAUCUGUAGCUGAAAACAGUUUCCCUAAUCACAGUUAUCAGCACCUGCGGCCCAAGCGGCCCGAAAGUGUCUUGUCAAUAGCCUCAAACUCCUCAGCUAGGUCACUUGAUUUUUUGGGUGCUAACUACUUAAACUACAACAAUCCUUUCCUUAAUGGUGGAGUCCCACUUGUUUCGAAUUCUACGGCGUACCCGCCAUCAGGAGGUAUCGACGAGUUGGGGGCAUCUAAUUUAAAUUGUGAUGAACAUGGAAGUAAUGGUCACCACCAAUUUGGAAAAACAGGUCUAGGGUCAAAUAAGUUUGGAUCACAAUUGAGUAAAAUAGAGAGUCAAAUGUACACAGACUCGUUUGAUCAAGCUUUAGAGCAACCAAGUUUUAAAAACGAGGACAAAUGUGGCGAGAAUCAAAGAGUAUUGUCUUCCUCAUCGUCAAUACCCAAUUUUUACAAUGUGAAUGAACCGAAAAGUUCGCUUUCUGUUGUUGAUUUGCAGUAUGGUUCUGGUGCAGAGAUGCUUUAUGCAAAUGAUGUAAGCCUGGUUUCACAAUACGAUACGAAUAAAAUGAGUUUUUACGAUGAUAUCCCUUUUCACCGUGAUUUCAUGAUGCCUGAAAUGACAAAACAACCCGAGGAUGAGAAGAACAAUAUACAGUAA